AAAGCCCAAGCCACUGCCACUGCCAUUUAAACUGACCCUGUCCCUUCGGCAUUCUCUAGAGCCAACCGACAGAAAUUUACUCGCAAUAUAAUUGCAUAACAGGACCUCUGAGCUCAAUGUCCUCAGGUCGUAGAUUAAUGGCAGUAGUGUCCAACUCGUUCCAAAUAAAGCACGGGCUCUCGCUCUGGUGCCCUCAGUCUGCUUCGAUCAACCGAACUCACUGGCGUUGUUCGAUCGGAUUGGGAAGCGUCCGGAGAAGAAGCUACGUGGCCGCCUCGUCGGCCUUCGAGAACGAGAACCGAGAGUUUGUGAUUGUCGGAGGUGGCAAUGCGGCUGGUUACGCGGCUCGGACUUUCGUCGAACAUGGGAUGGCCAAUGGACGCCUCUGUAUUGUGUCUAAGGAGGCGUAUGCACCGUAUGAGCGGCCAGCUUUGACGAAGGCUUAUUUGUUUCCUCUAGACAAAAAGCCAGCACGAUUACCUGGAUUUCAUACCUGUGUUGGAUCUGGCGGGGAAAGGCAAACUGCCGAUUGGUAUAAAGAGAAAGGGAUAGAGAUGUUUUAUGAAGAUCCAGUUACAAGUAUUGAUAUCGAGAAGCAAACAUUGACGACAAAUUCAGGCAAGCUGCUUAAAUAUGGAUCACUUAUAAUAGCUACAGGAUGCACAGCCUCAAGAUUUCCAGAGAAAAUUGGAGGAAACCUACCUGGUGUUCACUAUAUCCGGGAUGUUGCAGAUGCUAAUUUGCUAGUAUCGUCAUUGGAGAGGGCACGGAAGGUGGUCGUUGUUGGUGGUGGCUAUAUUGGCAUGGAGGUUGCCGCUGCAGCUGUUGGUUGGAAACUUGAUACAACGAUCAUAUUCCCAGAGAAUCAUCUCUUGCAAAGACUGUUUACUCCUUCUCUAUCCCGGAGAUAUGAAGAACUGUACCAAGAGAAUGGUGUCAAAUUCUUAAAGGGUGCAUCCAUAAAAAACUUAGAAGCUGGUUCUGAUGGGCACGUGACUGCUGUCAAACUUGAGGAUGGAUCUAACAUAGAGGCAGAUACAGUAAUUAUUGGUAUUGGAGCGAAACCUGCUGUCAGUCCCUUUGAAAGUGUGGGUUUGAACACCAGUGUUGGUGGAAUACAGGUUGAUGGACAGUUCCGGACAAGUAUUCCUGGAAUCUUUGCAGUUGGAGACGUAGCAGCUUUCCCGUUAAAGAUGUAUGACCGCAUAGCACGAGUUGAACAUGUGGAUCAUGCUCGUCGAUCAGCACAGCAUUGCAUUAAAGCUUUACUAAGUGCCCAAAAUCACACGUAUGAUUAUCUUCCAUAUUUUUACUCAAGGGUAUUUGAGUAUGAAGGUAGCCCAAGAAAAAUAUGGUGGCAAUUUUUUGGGGAUAAUGUUGGAGAGACGAUUGAAAUUGGCGAUUUUGAUCCUAAGAUAGCUACUUUCUGGAUAGAAUCUGGUAAACUGAAAGGUGUUCUUGUUGAAAGUGGAAGUACUGAGGAUUUUCAACUCCUUCCUAAACUUGCGAGGAGCCAACCAUUUGUUGAUAAAGCCAAGCUUCAGAAUGCUUCUUCAGUUGAGGAGGCACUAGACAUUGCUCGGGCAUCCCUACAAGUUGAGACUGCUGUCUAAUAUACUACAUAAUAGUGCUUAUGAAUCUGUAAAGUUCCAAUAAAAACACUACAGGAGAUCUCCCGUUGUAGUUUUUUUUCAAAGGUUUACAUAAACUUUCAAGUUUUUCAUGAGAAAAAGAGAGAGAAUAGAAUUAAAUCUGGACUAUUGAAAAAACUACAGUACUUGUUUUUUUCCUUUUUUAACGACACCUAAGCCAAAUCCUCAUUCUUUAACCGAGAUUUCUUCUUUUACAGCUAUGUAAUUAAGGAUCCUGAAUUCCUGAUUAGGACUUGGUAAAAGAAAUAAUUAUAAUAAUGGUGUUUAUCUUCCUCA